AUGCGAAUGGAUCCAAAGAGAGAGUCCCCGUCAAGCGACGGAUCAUCAACUCCGAAGCAGGAUCCGCUCGAAAGACGAAGAUUGCAAAACCGUCUCUCGCAGCGAAAUCACCGUCGCAAGAUUCGAGACCGCAUCGCUAAACUACAAGAGCGCGUUAUUGCCAACGAACUACGAGCUGCUGCAGCAUUAAAUGGCUGGGACCAGACAUAUUCCCCGCCAUUCAUGUCUACACACCACUCCCCUCCCUACUACCAGGAAACCGAGUCGAUAUUCAGUUCAAGAGACCAUUCUCCAAAGAGCACGGAGCCAUCCACGCCGUUCCUCCCGUCGUACAAUUUCCCCGCUCCGACGAAUACUGAUCACCUCGGUCAAUUACCAGAGUUAUCGGGGGAUCCAUCUUAUUACUACCUUGAAUCGGCAUCAUUAAACCAUGUCAACCAGGGCAUCCAGAUGAAAAGUGAUCAGAAUAUGGAAAAUUUCCUUGAUUCAUGGGGAAAUUCGAGAACAGAAAGUCCAACAGGGGGUUCGGGAGCACCUAAUCAGCCCAAUAUCUACGUUGCAACAGAAAGCUCAUUACCACAUAUCCUUCGCACUUUAAAGACCAUAUCGUCCCAGUCAAAGAUCAUCGUUCUCAUUUCUCCCGAAUCUCUUCCUUCACUCCAGACCGGCCUGGGAACAAACAACACGCCAAUGAACUUCUGGUCGACGAACCCAUUGAGUGGUAACGAAACUGACAGCAUGCCGUCCCCAAUGAGUCUGACAAACACGAGCUAUCAAUGCCAGCCACAAAACGCCUAUUCUCUCACACCAGAGGUCAUACCUCGAGCCUGGACGUCUCUUGGGCCAUAUCCACUCUGUGCAUUACACAAGACACCAAGUCUACCGGAUAAUAGCUUUUGUGCGUUGCAUAUAUAA